AUGGGAUAAGGAUCUUCUUGCAGAAACCAAAUCAUUAUAGUUUCUAAUUUUAAUCAUCGAGAUUCAGAAGAAGAAUAAGAAUAAGAAUAAGAAGAAGAAGAUAAUCAAAAUCAAACACCUCCACAUGAGGAUUCUGAUGAGGGUGAUAAUUAUUUUAUAUAAUCUUUAAAUCAAUUUGAGCAAUAUCAAAGGUAAUAACAAGAGGCGUAACAAAGAGAAAGAGAAGAAAUUCUUUGGAAACAUGUUAAACUACUAGAAUUUUUAAUGUAAGCCUAAUAGGAACAAAUUAUUUUGAAUCGUUUUUUAGAAGAACUUUAAAUGGAGGACAACGAAGAUGAGGAUCAAUUAGAAAUUAAUAUAUCAUUAUUUUAUAAGCAAAAACAUGGACAACCAAUUAAUUAUCCUUGUAAGCAUGCUCAAUGUCUUACAGUAGCUACUCUGAAUUGCCAUGGAAAAGUCAAUUGCAAAAAUGACUGCCCAUCAUUUGCUAUAAAGGAUGCUUUAUUUGACAUCUCAAAGAAUUAGAUAUUCUCCAAAUAUGAUCAUAAUAAGUUUGGGAAUUAUGUUUCUAUUUAAUAACGGAUGGAAAUGGCUUAGAUAUUAACUGAUUCUUUGUAAAGAUCAAAAAUGAAUGACAGCUAAUAAAAUGAAUUUUGCAAAAACUUUUCAAAAGUACUAUGUUUGGAAUUUAUGAACUAAAAGAAAUGAGCAAGAAAGAUGAUGAAAAUAAAC